GUACGCGCGCGCACACAUACACGCACACACACUCUAAACCCGCUUCGGUCUAGCAGCGAACACACAUCAACACACACACAUCAACACACACAUAUGUAAUAUAUACAUAUAGACACAAAUAUAUUUCAACAUAUAUUCAUAUACACAUCUUCACGCACAUACACACGCGCUAAAAACGGAAACAUGUCAUCAAAGCAAGACGAGAAAAAGGAGUCUGGAGGAUGGAAAGAAUUCUUCUGGAACCCCCGCACACGCGAGAUGCUGGGGCGAACCGCAAGUAGCUGGGGUUUGAUUCUACUCUUCUAUAUGAUCUUCUACACAUUUCUUGCUGGAAUGUUCUGCCUCACCAUGUACGUUAUGCUGCUCACACUCGAUGAUUACAAACCAACCUGGCAGGACCGACUCUCUACACCAGGGUUGAUGAUCAGACCUAAAGGUAAAGAUUUGGAGAUCAUAUAUAAUAUAAAAAAUACUGAGAGCUGGGACCAAUAUGUCCAGGCGCUCAACACCUUCCUCACCCCUUAUAAUAAUUCUCAGCAGGUGCUGAAUAAUGAUGCCUGUGCUCCAGAUCAGUAUUACAUCCAGGAGGACAGUGGUAAUGUGCGUAAUAACCCCAAAAGGGCGUGUCAGUUUAACCGCACCAUGCUCGAGGAGUGUUCAGGACUUUCUGACCAAACCUAUGGUUACAGGCGUGGAGAACCCUGCGUGCUCAUCAAACUAAACCGGGUAAUUGGAAUGCUGCCAGGGAAAGAUGGACAGUCUCCAUAUAUCACCUGUGGAGCAAAGAAGGAGAGCAGUGACACUCUUGGUGGUGUCACUUAUUUUCCUCCUAAUGGGACAUUUAAUUUGAUGUAUUAUCCAUACUACGGCCAGCGUGCCCAGGUAAACUACACUCAGCCUCUGGUAGCAGUGAAGUUUCUGAAUGUAACUCAGAACACUGAUGUGAAUAUUGAGUGUAAAAUCAACUCCAACACAAUCACAGAGUUCAGUGAACGCGACAAAUUUGCUGGACGAGUGUCAUUUAAACUACGCAUCAACUCUGAUUAGACACACACACACACACACACAGUUAUCAGUUAGUCAACAGGUGUAUCUGAUUACAUGAUGUUUACUUUGUCUGUCAGUAACAGGAACUACACGUGUGUUUGUGUGUGUGUUUGCAUGUCUUUGGGUUUGUGUUUUUCAGUACUUUUGUCUGUUUACAUCAUUCCUUAAUUAGAUAAAAAAUACAGAUUGGAAAGAAGCUUUGAGGCUAUGCAUAAAGAAUAAAGCUGGGAUGGCUCUGGGUGGGAGGGGCUAAUUCUAUUGGGUGGGUGUGGCCUAAGUGGUGUGUAUGUAAACCACAUGUAUUUAUAGUAUACACAUAUUAAGAGCUGAUGUCGAAUAUAUCACUAUUCACUAGGUAGUUUAAGCCCAAAUAUCAACAGUGACUACAGAGAAUAGGGGUGUGUGUGUGUGUGUGUGUGUGUGUGUGUGUGUGUGUGUGUGUGUGUGUGUGUGUGUGUGUGUGUGUGUGUGUGUGUGCGCGCGCGUGAGAUUAAUGACUAAAAGCCUACUGGUGUUUUUCUGUUAGUGUUCAGUUACUGUCACUCAUCUGCUGCACAUAUUCAUUAUUACUAAUUAUUUUUAUUUGCUUGUUUUUAGUGUUGAUGUAAUGUUUAUUGUUAGUAUGUCAUAGAACACACACACACACACAGUAACAUAUCAUUUCUUCUGAACAGACACUGAGCUUCAAGCUGUAGAAGAUAAUAUACAUGAGAUAAUGUACACACCAGAGACUAGGUCAUUUGCACACCCUAUAUAUCCACUAAGCAAUGUUGUGUGUGUGUGUGUCAAGACUGAUUGAAAUACAGGAAAGAAUUUAUUUCUUGCUCUUAGCUUGUUAAUUACACUAAGUAAUCAUGUAAAUAAUAAAGUAUUAAUGUUAUAAUUUAUCACAAACUAUCAGACUUUAUUAGGAUCACUGGUUAUAAUUUUCUUGCGUGUUUUAGCCCAGAAACUCUGGCCGUCUAGGCAGUGACAGUUAGCACACAGAAGGGUUAGCAUGUAGCAUUUAUUAGCAUAAGUUUUAUUUAGUGAUACUACAUUUACAGUAUUUAGCAUUUGCCCUUAUUGGACUUAUUCAACACUGUUAGCAUAGCAAUAUUAGCAGGCAUCUGUUUUUGUGUCACAAAUUCAAUUUCUUGUCUACUUUUUUCUCCAUUUGAUCUUUAUAUCCUGUGUACUGUAUGCUAUUUUAUUAUCUGUCAUCAGCAAUUUAUUUAUUUAUUUAUUUAUUUAUCUGAACUGAGACAUUGUAUAAAUUGUUGUUAUAAUGAAAUAUGAAAUGUAUUAAAUAAAUUUGUGUUUAAAAAUGA